AGAACUUUAUCCUUUUUUGUGUUUGGAAGAAAUCGAAAAUUUGCAGCGCCAAAAACCCCACACUUUCCGGGAGGCGCAUCUGCUGGGCUGUCUGCGGCCCUCUUCUUUGCUGCAGCUCUUCCGGGCGAAGCGUCAGCAGCAGCAGCAGCAGCAGCAGCGGCAGCAGCAGCAACGGCUGCAGCAACAGCAACAACAGCGGCAACAGCAACAACAGCAGCAGUAUCAACAGCAACAGCGACAGCAGCAACAGCAACGGCAGCAGCAAGAGGGGCAAUAA